GGCUUCGCUUUCCUGUCGUCAUGCCAACGGGGGCCGCCCCUGACUGACAGGCCGGCUUCGCUUUACGGCUGUCGUGCCGGCGGAGGCCGCCCCUGCCUGACAGGCCGGCUUCGCUCUGCGGUCGCCAUGCCAACGGGGGCCGCCCCGGACUGACGGGCCGGCUUCGCUUUACGGCUGUCGCGCCGGCGGGGGCGUCAGCGCGGGGCAAGAUGGCGGCGCGAGGAGGCGGCGGGCGGGAGGAAGGCGACGAGGCCGCAGACGAGGCCCGGCCACCACAGGACGACGACGACGACGACCAUGAUGGUGAGGAGAAAGAAGAAGAAGAGGAGAAAGAGAAGGCCAAGGCGGAGAACGGUGGUGGGAAGAAGGUGGUACCGGGCAUCAUUUACCUGGGCCACAUCCCGCCACGCUUCCGCCCCACGCACGUGCGCAACCUGCUAAGCGGGCACGGCGAGGUGGGCCGCGUCUUCUUCCAGCCCGAGGAACGGUUCAUUCGCCGGAAGAAGAAGAAAGCCGGCAGCCGCAGCAAGGACUACUCGGAGGGCUGGGUGGAAUUCCGGGACAAGAGGGUGGCCAAACUGGUGGCUUCCAGCCUCCACAACACACCCAUCGGCACCAAGAGGAAGAGCCGCUUCCGCUAUGACCUCUGGAACAUGAAGUACCUGCACCGGUUCAAGUGGAUGCACCUGAGCGAGCACCUGGCCUACGAGCGGCAGGUGCGGCAGCAGCGCAUGCGGGCCGAAAUCUCCCAGGCCAAGCGGGAGACCAACUUCUACCUGCAGUCCGUGGAAAAGAGCAAGCGGUUCUCGAAGAAGGCGGGGGCCGGCCCGAAGGAGGCGGCACGGACGGCGGCCUGGGGCUUCGUGCAGCGCCACACCGAGGAGGAGAUCCAGGAGCAGAAGGCCCGGGGGGGCGGCAAGAGCAGAGACGGAAAGCAGCAGCUCAAGAAACGUCUGGCCAAAGUGGAGGAGUUUGAGCAGAAGGCCCAAUCCAACCGAGCCCUCCUAGCCCAGAUUUUCAAGGCCAAGGACUCCGCCGCUGCUGAGUAGCAGGAGAGCGGGCGGGAUUAUCUCUAGGCGACUGUUGACUGAUCUUGGCGGGGGCGGAGGGUGCCGUCAGCGACCCUGUGGCUGUUCUUCCAUAGCGGUCCCAUCAGAUAGGGCGGGAAGCCGGGAUCAACCCAGAGACUCCGUUUGGACCGAGUUGGGGGGCCCAGUUGAAGAGGCGAGGAGCUGAACUCAUUCUGACCUGGGGGCUGAACUCAGCCCCGGGGCCAAAUCCGUAUUGUGCCCCGGGGCCGCGCCGAGCUUCAUACCUGCAGCCGUGCUCAGAUUUGGGACCACCUUGCAGGACCGGGUUUUACACCUCUGGUUUCGAAAGUUACUGUUUCUUCUACCUCGGGGAGAAGCUGCCAGCUCCUCUCCCUUCACUGUACUCUGCACCAGUCUUCAAAGGAUUGAGAUUUCUGUCAGUGCGUGGGAAAUCACUUUGCUGAUACAGAAUAAAAGAUUUGCCCAGAUUGGGGCGUGACUGACCCUGUUUUGCUUCCUGGCAAAGGCACUGACUUUGACCUCUUCUCUCCUUGGGGUUACCCUCUUCUUCCUCCCUCCCUUCCCCGGUGCCCUCCUCGGGAGGAAGGGAGGGGAAGGGUUUUGGGGUGCCGAUGCAGACAUCACGUCUCACAGCAUCCCUACAACCAACUGUCUUCCUAACGGGGUGCACGGCGGAGUAGAAGGAAGCCUAAGAGGAGCAAGGCUUAGCCCGGACCGGCUCCAGGGAGUACGUGUGGUUGGGGGAGAUGACUGCCAUCAUCUCUUCACCAUCCUGCUCCACACUACUUUUCCCUCUCUGGUUCAGCCCAGAACGGUGCCUGGUUUCAGCUAAUUAAGCGCUUUCUGUGCCAAGCACCGGAAUAUGUACGCUUUAAGCAGA